AACACCACGUGUUCAAGCUCAAUGUGAAUUGUUGAUGGAACUGAUUGGUUUAAUUAUUUUUUAACAAUGAUGUUACUAAAUGGAAAUGUGAACUUGAAUAUUUCACCCAACGAAAGAAAAAAGGUUAAAAAAGUAAGCAAAAAUAAAAAGAAAGCAUGGCGAAAGCAUACCGAUAUUAGCGAGUAUGAAGAAUUUCUGGACGAUAAAAGAUUUGAAGAACGUAUUGGUCAUUCUAUAGGUGAUGCCAAGAACGAUGAACUGUUUAUGAUUGAAAAAACUGGUGACGAUGAUUUUUAUCAGGAAAAAUUGGAUCAAGUCUCAAAAAAUCGAGAAAUCCAAUCUUGUCCAUCAUCAUUGGUUAAUAAUUCAAAAUUGAGAAAAAUUUCAUCUGAACAUCGAUUGUAUCGGAAAUUGCUACCUACAUCGAAUGUUCCAGCUGUUGUGAUUAAUAAACAAAACAGUGAUAAGCGACGUACCGUUUAUAAUGAUGAUGAAAAAUUGAUUCGAUAUUGGAAUGAUCGUAAAGAUACAAUAACUCGUGCUAAACAAGUUAAACAAUUCAAACAGAAAGCCAAGAAUGAUUCAAAAUCACGAUUCAAUAACAAUUAUGACAUAUGGAAUGAUGAAGAAAAAUCACUUGCAGUGAUCAAGAAAAAAGUACCUGAACAUUUGCGACAAAAACCAUCCUUAUUACCUGCAGUCGAGGUUCCUUUACCAGGUCAAUCUUAUAAUCCGAGUGAGGAAGAUUAUAAAACAUUAAUUAUAUCAGAAGCUGAAAAAGAAUUGAUUAAAUUGAAUGAAGAAAAAAUGUGGGCUGAUAAAGUGGAUAAAUUUCAUCUUACCAAAAAUGAAGCCCAGGAAAAUGAGAAAGCUAAUCUUAACGAAAUGUUACAAGGAUUGAUUGAUGACGAUCAAAGUGAAGAUGAUGAUAAACAAAUCGAAACUGCUGAUGAUCUUGAUUUGACUAUGGCCAUAAUAAAAUCUAAAACUAUGAAAAGAAAAACAAAACAACAAAAACGACGUGAAUUGCGUGAAAAGGAAAUAAAGAAACAAAAAGAACAAGAUAAAUUGUUACGAAUAAAAGAGAAUGAUGUUUACCGGAUUAAAUCAAUCGAAAAGGAGUUGGAUGAACGAGAACAGAAGAUCAAAGAGCGAGCGAAACUUCGACAAAUUAAGCAUAUCGAAUCGCUUUACAAACCAAAACGAUUAAGUCGACAUCGCUUCGAGGAAACACCUAUCGAAUUGAAUUUACCUGGCGAAAUUUCUGGUUCAUUAAGAUCGUUGAAAACCGAAGGCAAUUUAUUGAAAGACCGUUAUAAAAGUCUACAGAAGCGUAAUCUAAUUGAAACAAGAAUUUUACAAAAUCAUAAACGAAAAUAUAGACGCAAAACGGAAAUUAAACGAAGACAUAAAGAUACACUAAAAUGAUUCGAUUCUAUUUCCACACAAUCCAGCUGGUCAUGGUGAAAAUGGAUUAUUUUUUCCGUGUUU